CUAUCUUUCUCCACAAACAUGCUCGCUUCACCCAUCUUUAACAUUGAUUAUGGAAAGAUCACUUUUGAUUUUGAAGAGUUUAUCAGAAACGAAAUCGGAUUAAAGCUCGAUAACCAAACAAAGAAAGAAGAGGAACCCAUUUGUAAAUACUUUUUAAAAGGCACCUGUACAAAAGGCAACAAUUGUCAAUUCAAACAUAAAGGAUAUGACAGAGACAAGUCGGUGGUAUGCAAACAUUGGCUACGUGGGUUAUGUAAAAAGGGCGACAGCUGCGAAUUUCUUCAUGUGUUCAAUAUGAAAAAAAUGCCAGAAUGUUGGUUCUAUUCAAAGUAUGGUGAAUGUUGUAACGGCGAUGAGUGCAUGUAUCUGCAUAUUGAUCCUGAAAGUAAACAAAAGGAAUGUCCUUGGUAUGCGCGAGGAUUUUGUAAACAUGGACCUAAUUGUCGAAAUAAGCAUGUCAGAAAGUUGGUGUGUCAGAAUUAUCUUACGGGCUUUUGUCCAGACGGCUUAAACUGUCCUAAUGGUCAUCCAAAGUACGAACUGCCAGUGAUGCAUAAUGCUUUAGGCGAUCAAAACGAUUCACAGCAACAGCAGCAACAACAUCAGAAUCCCUACUUUAACCGACAGCAAACGAAUUACAAUAAUAAUAAUAAUAAUAAUAGAAACAUGCAGCAGCAACAGCAGCAUUCUCAGCAACAACAGCCAUUCCGAAGAUUAGAAGACGUCACUUGUUUCAAAUGCGGUCAAAUGGGACAUUAUGCGAAUCGUUGUACUCAAGGAAGACAGCAAAGACCUUUUCAAAACACAAACAAUCACCCUAUGAUGAACCAACCGCCACGAUAGAUAAUACAAUGGGAAAAUCCCUUUGUUUCAAUACCCCCCCAUCCUCCCUUCCUACUCACAUUUCGCGUUAAAAGUGUAUAAAACGAGUCUUUUGUUAAAUUUUAAUUCAAGCAUUAAAAUAAAUAAAAACAUACAUCAUCAUUCAAG